GCCGGGGGGAGAAGCUGCUGCAGCAGAACUAGUCCGCUCAAUGUCACCGGGCACCGGGAGGAGAUGGUUUAAAGCCUGGCCCGUGGAGACUGCCGCCGUGGGGUGAUGAAGACAUUCAAACAGGUUGUCUCACUCGAUGCCCCAAGGCUGUACCCUGACACUAUCAUCUGUUCAACCCCUUCAUUCAGCUCCUCCUCCUCCACCUCAGCCUGUGGCCUAUUUAUACUCCUAAGAUUCAGAAGAGCCCAUUAAGGCUCAACAGACCUCUUCAGCAGGGAGACAACUGUGAGCAUGGGCCUGAUAACACACGGUCGAUCUGAUCCCCACAGCAUCAUUACUUUUCCUUCGACAGCUUCAAAUAAGGAAAGCUAAGGCUUCUACCACUGGGAAUCUUUGAAAUGCAGCAAGACUACAGCCGUGUCCAUCUUAGAUGAGAGCUUGCAGCUGAUGAUCCAGGCAGAUGGGACAGUUUGCAAGUACCGCUGAUAGUGGAUAUUUUGGAUGCAGCGUUUGCUUGGAUUCACCCCUUUUUAUCUUAAAAUACAGAAAACACUAUUGACUCAGUUGUCUAAAGAACUAUGAGAUUCUUGCAAGGAAAGUAGAAGAAUUAACCCUUUAAAUGGCUUACAUAUGUGACGACCGCUGUCUACUCAAACCAUGAGCUAAACACACACCACCCUGGGCAUCCCAAGCAGGAUGACUGCUGUCUACCCCUCUGAGAGCAGCCCAGAGGGGGCUGAAGCUGGGGCCGGGACAGCAGGCUCCAGGGGAUCGGGGGCAGCAGGAAAUUCCAGGAGCAUCUCAGUGUCUGCAGCUGAGACCACUAAUGGAUCUAAUGGAGACUCGAGUAGAAGUUCGGUUGGAGGCACAGCUGUGGGCCAAAGGUACUCUCGCUGGAGCCGCCAGGACAGCUCAGACAUCAACACAGACGACGAGGGGGCCACCGUCCGCCGACUCACCCCACUGGAGAAGCUCAACCUGGAUAUGUGCCAGGAUGAACGGGUGGUGCGGGAGCUCACAGUUGGCAGAAGAAUCGGCUUUUACAAAAUUCGAGGAGAGAUUGGAUGUGGAAAUUUCUCUCAUGUCAAGCUUGGUAUUCAUGCGCUCACUAAAGAUAAAGUGGCCAUAAAGAUCUUGGAUAAAACCAAGCUGGAUCAGAAGACACAGAGGCUGCUGUCCAGAGAGAUCUCUAGCAUGGAGAAACUACACCACCCCAACAUCAUACGCCUCUAUGAGGUGGUGGAGACGUUGUCACGGUUACACCUGGUGAUGGAGUAUGCAGGGGGAGGGGAGCUGUACACCAAGAUUACUACAGAGGGAAAGCUCUCUGAUUCAGAGAGCAAGAUUGUCUUUGCGCAGAUCCUCUCUGCUGUUAAACACAUGCAUGAAAGCAACAUCAUCCAUCGUGACCUGAAGGCAGAAAACGUCUUCUACACCAGCAGCUCUUGUGUCAAAGUGGGUGACUUUGGCUUCAGCACUCUGAGCCGCCGUAGUGAGACUCUCAACACGUUCUGUGGGUCGCCGCCAUACGCCGCGCCUGAACUCUUCAGGGAUGAGAAUUAUGUUGGCAUCUUUGUAGACAUCUGGGCCCUGGGAGUGAUGCUUUUCUUCAUGGUGACGGGAACCAUGCCGUUCAGGGCUGAAACUGUAGCGAAGCUAAAGCGAUGCAUCCUGGAAGGGGCCUACGUUCUUCCCUCUUGGGUGCCUGAGGCAUGCCAGAAGCUGAUCAGGGGAAUCCUCCAGCCCAUACCAGCUGACCGCUGCACAGUGGAGCAGAUGAUGGGCUGUGAGUGGAUGCUCCCUGUGGACUUCCCACGUGCAAUGGAGCCCUUUAAACUAGACCCAUCCUACCUAGCAGAGUGCGAACCAUCUGAUCUGGAGGAGGAGGAGAUGGAGGUGAAGACAGCACUGGAAAUGCUGGGAAUCUCCUCAGAACAUAUCCUCAACAACCAGGGAAAAGACUGCAGGAGCUCAAUCACAGGGGUCUACAGGAUCCUGCUGCACCGAUCUCAUAAGAGGCGGGCUGUCGAGAGCUUACCAACGGUCACACAGGCGGCCGGACCGAGUACAGCGAGUAAAAAGGAAAGAAUCAAAGUGUACCGUAGUCUGAGGCACACAUCUAAACUCUGUGUGGUUCUGUGACAAAAUGCUAUCCUUCAGUCCGAGAUGAGAUUGCAUGAAUUUUAUUAGAAAUUAAACAGUGCUUUACAGCCAGCAGUUUAAAUUUGAAAUCAUUUUAUAAAACCUCAUGCAGCUCCCUCAAUCUGAGAUUUCUUACUUUAGCCUUUUUCUAGAAAGUUAACUAGUCUCUGUGAGAAUGUUGCUGCUAGGAAAACAUUAUUGUCAAUUUUUUUCACAAGGCCAGCAAAGUCCUAGUCUCCUUGAGAUUUUGCUAUGUAAUGACAUAUUAAUCUUCUAAGUAAAAGUUAUGAUGACUGAAUGGCAAACAUUACUUUUUAUUUGGGUCAUGCAGGCAGGAUAUUUAUAGCUCUCCCAUUCUACUGUAACACCAGUAAACCCAUCUGUGGAAUCAUUGUAGCAUAUUUUAAGGAAAAGAGAGAUGAACAUCAUGCCAAGGUGAUAAUAAGUGGUGAACAUGAUGACAACAUUACAUUUAUUGUGGUGUAUUUAAUGUUUACUUGCACUUUUCUUUGAUGCCUUAGUUUUCUUUAUUACAUGGAAUCAAAUGGACUGGUUUCGGUAUGCUCCUUAAUGUUUGUGAUGAGAGAUUUUACAUCUUACCUUCUUAUGUGGUGUAUCUCUAUGAGAUGUUAUUCUAACUGAGCUAUGUACGUGGGCCUACUGGCCUCACUUGGUUUUCCCUGUGGGCAGAAGAAGCUAGUAAAUGAGAUUAAGCUAGGAAUACCAUCCACCAAAGUUUUUAGUUGUCUAUGUGACAAAAAUCUUAAUCCAGUUUUGACUCAGGCAAUUUCUGAAUUAUUUUAUGGUUAUAUAUUUUUAUCUGAUGCCAUGUUCA